AUGGCAUGGAUGAACCAGACACUGGUCACUGAGUUCUUUGUGAAAGGAUUCUCAGAAACUCCUCACCUUCAGCCCUUGUUCUUUGUCUUUUUCCUCUCCCUCUACACAGUGGCCCUCUCAGGGAAUAUCCUCAUCUUUGUUACAAUCAGUUUUAAUUCCACAUUACACACACCUAUGUAUUUCUUUCUAGUCAACUUAGCUGUGGUUGAUAUCCUGUGCACCUCCACAAUUUUACCAAAGCUGCUUGGAAACAUGGUGGGUAGAAAGACCAUAUCCUAUGAAGGUUGCAUGGCCCAAUUGUAUUUCUUCACUUUGUCCUUAGGAGCUGAGCUGCUGCUUUUCACAGCAAUGGCUUAUGAUCAUGUGGCCAUCUGCCAUCCUCUCCACUGUAGCACCAUGAUGAGCAAGAGGGUCUGUAUGCUGUUAGCUGCUGCUGCUAGUGUGUGGGCCAUGACUGCCAUUGGUUCAUCAGUACACACUGGCCUUAUGAUUCAGUUAACCUUCUGUGGACCAAAUAAGAUUAAUCACUUUUUGUGUGAAAUCCCUUCUUUGCUACUGCUCUCCUGCACCUCCACAUACCUGAACAAUAUUAUGAUCAUCAUUGCAGAUAUAUACUUUGGGGUGAUUAAUUUUGUGCUCACUAUGGUGUCCUAUGGCUUCAUCAUUUGCAGCAUCCUGAAGAUUCGCACCACAGAGGGCAAGAAGAAAGCCUUCUCUACCUGUUCCUCCCACCUCAUCGUGGUCACUAUAUAUUAUACCACAGUCAUAUACACAUACAUUCUCCCAGGCUCUGGGUCCUCCAUGGACAAUGUCAAAGUAGUGGCUGUCUUAUACACCACUAUCAGCCCCACUUUAAAUCCUCUCAUUUACACUCUACGCAACAAAGAUUUCAAAAUAGCCCUCAAGAAAAUAUUUCCUUUCAUUAAAUAA